ACCUGUCUCCUUCUGUACCAAUCCAAAUAAUUUAAUUUUUUUUUCCAUUUCCACAUUUCGCUUUGAUCUGAUCUCACAACAACCCAAUCAAUUCCAUUCUCUUUGCUCCGCGAGAACAAAGAAGAGAGAGAGAGAAAAAAAAAAAAUCUCAUCAACGAUGGCAGGCUUCAGUGGCGACGAAACCGCUCCUUUCUUCGGCUUCCUCGGUGCCGCGGCGGCGCUGGUCUUCUCCUGUAUGGGAGCAGCGUACGGAACAGCGAAGAGUGGGGUGGGAGUGGCGUCGAUGGGUGUGAUGAGGCCGGAGCUUGUGAUGAAGUCGAUUGUGCCGGUGGUUAUGGCUGGCGUGCUUGGAAUCUAUGGGUUGAUUAUUGCGGUUAUCAUCAGCACUGGGAUAAACCCCAAGGCUAAGUCUUACUAUCUCUUUGAUGGAUAUGCUCACUUGUCCUCUGGCCUUGCCUGUGGCCUUGCUGGUCUUUCUGCUGGAAUGGCCAUUGGAAUUGUUGGUGAUGCUGGUGUCAGAGCUAAUGCCCAGCAACCGAAGCUGUUUGUUGGUAUGAUUCUUAUCUUGAUUUUCGCCGAAGCUCUUGCUCUGUAUGGCCUCAUUGUGGGUAUCAUCCUCUCAUCUCGGGCAGGCCAAUCUCGUGCUGAUUGAAAUGAAGCCAACUUGGCGAUACUUGGUAGUCCAGUAUAUUUUAAUAUCACGCUUGUAUUUGAAAUGGGGGAUACUUGUCCUUAGUUUAUUACUAUUAUUUCAUUUGUUUUCGUACACAGAUCCCUGUCUCAGAAUUCUAUAUGUUCUAUGAAGCAUUUUCCUUCGGAUUACUUAUUUGAA